AUGGCGCUGCCCGUCAAAGCCGAAACGACAGAAUAUGCAGCAUCUCACUCAAAGGGCGCUGUUGCAAAGAGCGCAAAAGCAGCCGCCGAAAAAGAGCGUGGAAUGACCUUGAUGCAAGGUGUAAGGCUCUACCCAAAGGCGAUUGGUUGGAGCAUUCUGAUCAGCACUUGCAUUGUCAUGGAAGGCUUUGAUGUAUGUCUCUUGCCCAACUUUUACAACUUCCCACGUUUCAAGGAGAGAUUUGGCGAGCAGUUGCCGAGUGGCGAUUGGGAGAUUCCGGCUUCCUGGCAGGCUGGACUGCAGAAUGGUGCCCAAGUAGGCCAGAUAAUUGGUCUACUCAUCAACGGGUAUGUCUCUGAGUGGCUCGGGUAUCGAUACACGACUUUGUCUUGCUUGGCUCUCGUUGCAGCGUUUACAGCCAUCUUUUUCACGGCUCAAAGCAUCAAGGUCCUCCUUGUUGGCUACAUCCUUUCGGGCAUACCAUGGGGCGUCUUUCAAACUCUCACAAUUACGUAUGCUUCCGAAGUGUGUCCAGUUGCGCUACGGGGCUACCUGACAACAUAUGUCAAUUUCUGCUGGGGUCUGGGACAAGUUAUUGGUAUCGGAGCAAUCAAAGGCUGUCUCCAUCGCCAGGAUGAAUGGUCCUAUCGAAUCCCAUACGCUCUACAAUGGAUUUGGCCCCUUCCUUUGGCCAUUGGGAUCUUCAUGGCCCCCGAGUCUCCUUGGUGGCUGGUCAGAAAGGAAAGGAUUGCCGACGCGAAGAAGGCUCUUCUUCGUCUCACCAGCCUAAACAAGGAAACGGAAUUCGACCCGGACGAAACCGUUGCAAUGAUUGCUCAUACUACGGCCCUCGAAGCCGAUAUCACAGGUGGUAGUAGUUAUCUUGAUUGCUUCAAGGGUUCCGACCUCCGCCGUACAGAAAUCGUUUGUAUGUGCUGGGCAAUUCAGAAUCUAUCCGGGAACUCCUUCAGCGGCUACUCGUCAUAUUUUCUAACCCAGGCUGGUUUGGAUUCAUCAACAUCUUACAGCUUCGCCUUAGGCCAAUACAGUAUUAACAUGGUCGGCGUUUUCGGCGUUUGGUUAUUGAUGAGCUGGGGCAUUGGACGAAGAUCACUGUUCCUCUAUGGCCUUUGUGGCUUGUUCUCGCUCUUGCUCAUCAUGGGAUUCCUCGGACUCCCAUCGGACAGAGAAGCAGCUGCCAUGGCCACUGGAAGCAUUAUGAUCAUCUGGGCUGCAUGCUAUCAACUUUCGGUCGGCACAGUGUGCUAUUCUCUUGUGGCGGAGAUGUCUACGCGACGUUUACAGAUUAAAACCGUGGUACUUGGACGCAACCUCUACAAUAUUGUCGGCAUCGUUUGCUCGGUUAUCACACCAUAUAUGCUGAAUCCUGGGCAGUGGAAUUGGGGAAACUACGCUGGGUUCUUUUGGGCCGGUGCGUGCUUUCUUUGUAUCAUUUACACGUACUUCCGGGUGCCUGAGCCAGCCGGUCGCUCCUUUGCGGAGCUGGACUUGCUUUUCCAACGAAAAGUACCUGCGAGGAAAUUUGCAUCUACAAACGUUGAUGUCUUUGAUGUUGACGUCCAUGGGGACGUUCUAGACCAAGCUGAACGGAAACUCAGCAUUCGAGCCUCGCAUGAUGAAGAUCCCGAGCAGGGCCUUGAAGUCAGCACAAAGGUUUCGUCAUGA